AUGGAGGAAGACGAGCUGAAAAUCAUAGUUGAAAGGAUCAGAGACCCUGACCCAGACAUUCAGAACAACGCGCUGAGCAUGUUAUUUGACAUAACAAAAUCAUCGCAUUCAAAAUCUAUUGAUACAAUUAACUUUCAAUAUCUUGCAGAUAAUCUACCUGUUCUUGAAGAUGUAUGCAGGGAAGUCACUGGGGAUACAAGGAGACGACUGUGCGACAUAAUAAGUGCGAUAUGUGUUAUUGAUGACGAGAGAAAGCUUCUAGCGUAUAGGGUUGAAGGAAACGUAAUUGAUCUUAAGGAGUGGGGACAUCUAUAUGUUAAAAAGCUGACUGAGUGUAUUGCCAAUGCCAAAGGGGGCAAGAUGGACUUUCCUUUUGAGAAGACUGAAUAUGUUGGAAGAAAGUGUAUUGACUUUCUAUUUAAGCAUAAUGCAGAAUUUGAAGCGAUAGAUUUUCUGGUUGAAAUCGGAGGGAUUGAAAUGAUCUUGGACUAUGUUGAUACUCAUAACUACAACAGAAUAGUACUAUAUCUAGAGGAUAUGUGCUCAUUUAUUGAACUUUCGGAUGUUAUUCUUGGGAUCUAUCUUAAAAUGAAUGACCAUUCGAGAUAUGUUGUUGGAUUGAUAAGGCGCCAAAGAAUUAGAGAGGCCAUUGAAUAUGUGAGGAACAUAGAAGACAAGGACUAUAAGAAACAAUGCCUGUACAUACUUGCCAGAUGUGAUCUGUACUACGAAACUUCGGAUCGCAAGGAAAGACACAUAUUGUCUAAUGGGCAUGUUAAAGAUGUUUAUAGAAGUGUUGCGGCCGAGUUAGAAAUAGAUAAGCCAAGCAAGAUGGAUGGGAUUCUUAAGGGCUUUAAAUAUGACAAAGACAUAAAACAGCUUGCAUCUAUUGCCAUUGCUAACGGAUUUGUUCAUAUGGGAUAUGGGCGGGACCCGAUGUUUCUACCGCAAGAGGGGGAUCACCGAGUCCCUUUGAAUUACGAAACUAUCCUUGGAUGUGACGUACCCGAUCUGAUCUCUAUUUUUGGAUCGAUAGGGGUGAUUGAAUCAUGGAAUUCUGAAAAGGUGAUGGAAACUCUACAAGAGCACAUAUUUGCUGAUACGUCGCAUAGGAAGACAGGAAGUCUUUUGGGUCUUGCUCUAUCUGGAUUGAAAAACUUUGAAGAGAGACCGGCGAUUCUAGCACUUCUAUCAAACAACUUGCAAUCCACCAGUAUUAUUCAUGUCAUAGCCACUCUUCUAGGAAUUGAGUCCAUGUUUUCUGGGACACAGUCGGAGGAAGUUCGAGAACUCCUUCAGCCUCUAAUGUUUUCUGACAGUAGUGAAGUCGUGUUUUUUACUGCCUUCACGUUAGGAAGUGUGUUCUGUGGAAGUGCCGAUGAGGAUCUCACAUCCCUUAUGCUGCAGACAUUUGUGGAGAAAGAGAAAGAAUCGGAAACACAGUUCUUUAGAUUCCUGAUGUUAGGACUAGCGUGUUUGUUUUAUCGCAGGAAAGAUGUUGAGUGCGGAAUAAUGGAGACAGGAAGCACCCUUAGCAAGCACGAAGGUAUACUGAUCAAAGGGUUUCAAUAUGUUGGGACAGGAGAUUCGAACGUCAUUGAAUCCAUUCUAACCGACUCGUUCACUGGGGAUACGGAUGCGCUUCUUGAGUCAGUUGGAUUACUCAGUUGUGCCCUGGUAUCAAUUGGAGAUGAGACAUCAAGUCAGAUGGUGGCAAGGAUUGUCUCUUCCUCUCUGCUACUGGAUUCCUCCCACUUAAGAAGUGUACUCCCUUUGUGCUACAGCCUGCUGUAUCCAUCGAAUCCACAAGUAAAUGUUCUAGAUAUUCUGGAAAAGUCCUUAAAUAUCGGAGAGACAAAUUGUAUCAUAUCUACAAUCGUAUCAUUAGGUCUUAUUGGUGCUGGCACGUUGAAUUCUCGUAUAACUAAGAUCCUGGACCAACAAUACUCUUAUUACUACAAGGAUUCAAAGGUCCUUCCUAUGCUUAAAAUUGCACAAGGCCUUGUAUCCUUGGGGAAGGGGCUGUUGAGUAUUUCACCCCUGUGUUUUGAUAAGACAACUUUCAUGCCAAAAAACAUCAUAGGCCUUUUUUCCACAGUAUUCAUGCUUCUGGACUCCUCUAUCAGCCCGCUUGUGUCUUCCCAUACAUAUAUGUUCUUCUUACUCCCGCAAGCAUGCACCCAAAAAUAUGUUACAUGCUCUGAGAAGAUAAACAUAAGGGUAGGGCAUCCGAUAAACACCGUUGGAAUGGUAGGCGAGCCCAAGAAACUCUCUUCUGUCCAGAUACACACAUCCCCUGUUGUUUUAAACGAGAAAACAAGGGCUGAGACAGACGAGAAUGUCUGCUCCUCAUACAUUGAGGAUGUGCUGAUCCUUAAGAAGAAUUAA